GCUUCCACAGUGAAGAUGUGGGUCUUCGAGGAGAAUAUUAAUGGGAGAAAAUUGACAGAUAUCAUAAAUAAUGAACAUGAAAAUGUAAAAUAUCUCCCCGGAUACAAGCUGCCAGAUAAUGUGGUUGCUGUCCCAAACCUUAAUGAAGCUGUACAGGAUGCAGACUUGCUGGUUUUUGUCAUUCCUCAUCAGUUUAUUCAUAAAGUCUGCGAUGAAAUCACAGGACGAAUACCCAAGAAAGCUCUCGGUAUAACUCUCAUAAAGGGAAUAGAUGAAGGCCCGGAGGGACUCAAACUGAUCUCUGACAUUAUCCGAGAGAAGAUGGGAAUAGACAUCAGUGUGCUGAUGGGAGCUAACAUUGCCAAUGAGGUGGCAGCAGAGAAAUUCUGUGAAACCACAAUAGGCAGCAAAAUCUUGGAAAAUGGCCUUCUCUUCAAAGAACUCCUGCAGACUCCAAACUUCCGAAUAACUGUAGUAGAUGAUGCAGAUACGGUUGAGCUUUGUGGUGCUCUGAAGAAUAUAGUGGCAGUAGGAGCCGGGUUCUGUGAUGGCCUUUGCUGCGGUGACAAUACCAAAGCUGCUGUUAUUCGCCUUGGCCUAAUGGAGAUGAUUGCCUUUGCCAGAAUUUUUUGCAAAGGACAGGUGUCUACUGCCACUUUCCUGGAGAGCUGUGGAGUUGCUGAUCUCAUCACAACGUGUUACGGUGGCCGGAAUCGACGUGUAGCAGAAGCGUUUGUUAAAACUGGAAAGUCUAUUGAAGAAUUGGAGCAAGAAAUGUUGAAUGGUCAGAAACUGCAAGGACCACAGACUUCUGCAGAAGUGUACCGCAUCCUCAAGCAGAAAGGAAUGCUGGAAAAGUUUCCGCUAUUCACUGCCGUGUAUCAAAUCUGCUAUGAAGGGAAGCCUGUCAGAGAGAUGAUAUCCUGCCUUCAAAGUCAUCCAGAGCACAUCUAAAAUCAAUCAGGCUGUCGUACUAAUGCAGCUUUCUGCCUUUCAAAUUUAUAUCUGGGUUCAAGUGGAUGUAUCAUUAAGCUUCGUUCAAAGCUGCUCACUAGGCAACAGUAACAACGUGAAUGUCUCUGAAUGGGUAUUGGUUUUUGUUUUACAGCCUAGUUUGACAUAGCAUGCAGU